UUUCUCAGUGCGGCGGCGGCGGCUCCGGGCAUCGGGCCUUUUGUCUGGAGCAGCUGUGGGGGGGGCCCCGAGCGGCGAGGCCGCCGGCCUUCCCCAGCUCGCUCGGUCCCGGCCACCCCUCACGGGGGUGGGGGCCUCCCCCUGGGCCGGGCGUCGCCUAAAGCGCCGCCGCCCCGCCCUAGGCCCGCCCCGCCUGGCCUGAGGGGAGGAACCGGCCGGGUCUUAAGUCGCGGUCCGGCGACCUCCCGGAGUCUGAGUUGUUGCCACUGCCUUUCUUGCAUCCUACGGGAGGCUGCUCUUUUGCCCCGCAAGCCGACGCCAUGAAGAUCAAGGAUGCCAAGAAGCCCUCUUUCCCAUGGUUUGGCAUGGAUAUUGGAGGAACACUUGUAAAGCUGUCAUAUUUUGAACCUAUUGAUAUCACAGCAGAGGAAGAACAAGAAGAAGUUGAGAGUUUAAAAAGUAUUCGGAAAUAUUUGACUUCUAAUGUAGCAUAUGGAUCCACUGGCAUUCGAGAUGUACACCUGGAACUUAAGGAUUUAACACUUUUUGGCCGACGAGGGAACUUGCACUUUAUUCGAUUUCCAACCCAUGACCUGCCUACUUUUAUCCAAAUGGGAAGAAAUAAAAACUUCUCAACCUUACAUACGGUGCUCUGUGCUACAGGAGGUGGUGCUUACAAGUUUGAAAAAGAUUUUCGCACAAUUGGAAACCUCCACUUGCAUAAACUGGAUGAACUUGACUGCCUUGUAAAGGGCUUGCUGUAUAUAGAUUCUGUCACUUUCAAUGGACAGGCAGAGUGCUAUUAUUUUGCUAAUGCCUCAGAGCCUGAAAGAUGCCAAAAGAUGCCUUUUAACCUGGAUGAUCCAUACCCACUACUAGUAGUGAACAUUGGUUCAGGAGUCAGUAUUUUAGCAGUCCAUUCCAAAGACAAGUACAAACGAGUAACUGGAACAAGCCUUGGUGGUGGUACCUUCCUAGGGCUGUGUAGCUUACUAACUGGCUGUGAAAGUUUUGAAGAGGCUCUUGAAAUGGCAUCCAAAGGUGACAGCACCCAAGCAGACAAGCUGGUCUGUGAUAUUUAUGGCGGAGAUUAUGAAAGAUUUGGUCUGCCAGGUUGGGCUGUAGCAUCUAGUUUUGGGAAUAUGAUACAUAAGGACAAGCGAGAAUCUAUUAGUAAAGAGGAUCUAGCAAGAGCUACUUUGCUUACCAUCACUAAUAACAUUGGCUCUUUGGCACGAAUGUGUGCUAUUAAUGAGAAAAUAACCAGAGUUGUCUUUGUUGGAAACUUUCUACGUGUCAAUACACUCUCAAUGAAACUUUUGGCAUAUGCACUGGAUUAUUGGUCAAAUGGUCAACUGAAAGCAUUGUUUCUAGAACAUCAGGGAUACUUUGGAGCAGUUGGUGCACUUCUUGGACUGCCAAAUUUCAGCUAAACAUCAGAUUUUUUUCUGCUACUGUCAUCCAAGAGGAAGUGAAAACCAGAAGCAUUAUUAAUACAUUGUCACUCAGAACCAAAGGAUAAGAG